AUCAUUCUUUCUCAACACACAAACAAUAUGUAAAAAUAAAUAAAUAAAUUCAAACACAGCCUUAAAAUUUCCACUAAAAAGGGGUUAGUUGGUUCAAGAUUCAUUCGGUGAAGUGAAAAAAAAAACAAAACAUCACUUUAAGAAAAAACACACAACACAAACAUGGCUUCUUCACACCCCAACAAUGUUGGAAUCCUCGCUAUAGACAUCUAUUUCCCUCCCACUUGUGUUCAACAGGAAGCUUUAGAAGCUCAUGAUGGUGUGAGCAAAGGGAAAUAUACAAUUGGACUUGGACAAGAUUGUAUGGCAUUUUGUACUGAGGUUGAAGAUAUUAUCUCAAUGAGCAUGACUGUUGUUAGUUCACUUCUUGAAAAAUAUAAUAUUGAUCCAAAGAAAAUCGGCCGAUUGGAGGUAGGAAGUGAAACUAUGAUUGACAAAAGCAAAUCCAUUAAGACCUUCUUGAUGCAAAUUUUUGAGGACAGCGGGAAUACUGACAUUGAAGGCGUUGAUUCAACAAAUGCUUGUUAUGGUGGAACAGCAGCUUUGUUCAAUUGUGUGAAUUGGGUCGAGAGUAGUUCAUGGGACGGACGUUAUGGACUUGUUGUCUGUACAGAUAGUGCGGUAUAUGCCGAAGGACCUGCUCGUCCUACCGGAGGAGCAGCCGCAAUUGCAAUGCUUGUAGGGCCAGAUGCUCCUAUUGCUUUCGAAAGCAAACUCAGGGGAAGUCACAUGUCUCAUGCCUAUGAUUUUUACAAGCCAAAUCUUGCAAGUGAAUACCCAGUCGUCGAUGGAAAACUCUCACAGACCUGUUAUCUGAUGGCACUUGAUUCAUGCUAUCGGGUGUUUUGUGAAAAAUUUGAAAAAUCGGAGGGGAAGCAUUUUUCAAUGGCAGAUUCUGAUUAUUUUGUUUUUCAUUCUCCAUAUAACAAGCUUGUGCAAAAAAGUUUUGGUCGGUUAUACUUCAAUGACUUCCUCAGAAAUCCAAGUUUUGUUGAUGAGGUUUCAAGGCAAGCUCUAGCACCUUAUGCAUCCUUAACCGGUGAUGAGAGCUAUCAAAGUCGUGAUCUUGAAAAGGCAAACCAGCAAGCUGCAAAAAAAAUAUAUGAUGCAAAGGUACAACCGAGCACAUUAAUCCCAAAGCAAGUUGGCAACAUGUACACUGCAUCUCUGUAUGCAGCAUUUGCAUCUCUCCUUCACAAUAAACACGACUCACUGGUAGGUAAAAGGGUAGUUAUGUUCUCAUAUGGAAGUGGUUUAACCUCUACGAUGUUCUCCUUCCGCCUUCAAGAAGGUCAACAUCCCUUUAACUUGUCGAACAUUGUGACGGUGAUGAAUGUUUCUGGCAAAUUGAAGCAGAGAAUUGAGUUACCACCUGAAAAAUUUGUCGAAAACACAAAAAUCAUGGAGCACCAUUAUGGUGGAAAGGAAUUUGUGACUGGCCAAGACUGUAACUACUUACUUCCAGGCACGUUCUUUCUCACCAAAGUUGAUUCCAUGUAUAGGAGAUUUUACGCUAAGAAAGAUGUUGUAACGAGCACAUGACAGUUCGAUAGAAGAUGAUGACUGAUAUAAUUCAAAUUAAGAGUUAAAAUUUGAGAAAAGUAGUUUGUUCUGGUUAAUCUUCUGUAUUUGAUGCCUUAUGGCUAUUUAUUCUAGUUAUUGUUUAUGAAUGAUUUUUAUUUUUCUUAUAUGUAUAGUUUGAUUAGGUUCAAAAUCA